AUGGCCGUGGACGACGACCAGAUGCUGCGCCGGUACCUCCGCUGGGGCCUGCCCCUCGAGAGCGGUUUUAGGUACAAGUUAACCCCGAGGCCGGGCGAGCCCAUCUAUGUCACCGGCGUCUACCUGCUCGACUCGGAGAGCGCUGUCGGCCAGGGCGCCGUGGACGCCCGCGUCCAUACUGACGACACGCGGGACCUCGUUAGCGUGUUGCUGUCGGCGGAGAACCCCCGCGUGGAGCUACAGACCCCGGUGCGGCUGGAGAUGGGCAAGGAGUGUUGCUUUCACGCGGUCCCGCAUGGAGGCGAUUCCGACGCCGAAGCAGACACGGACGCCGAUGCCGACACCGGCGCAGACGUCGACGCAGAUGCCGAUGAUGAUGCUGACGCCGGCCCUGGCGCCGACGCGGUCAUCGUUAUGUUCGAGGGUUUCCUUGUUACUCCGCGACCUCUUGACAUGGAGGAGGGGGACGACGACGAAGAGGAGGAGAACGACGACGAUGUCAAAGAGGAGGAGACUGGCAGCGACGACGACGACGACGACGAGUACGAGGAGAAGGAGAAAGAGGAAACUGACGGCGAGGUUGGCCAAGACGUGGCCAGGGCGAGCAGUGCCGGCGGCAACGCCAAGGAGCUUCGACAGGUUGUAGCUAUAACUAUGGCAUUCUUAGGAAUCCUUUUGUUUGUCUCUAUGUUAGCAUUCCUCGGAUUGAUAAUGUAA